AAAAGGCAUCUUCAAAAGAGAAGAGGAGAGGAGAGGAGAGGAGACAAGAGCACAAGAGACAAGAUUCCUGGGAGGAGCUCUUCCAACCCCCACCCCCUGUGUGGGCUGUAGAGGAAAUCGGUUUUGAGCUCAGUAAGGAAACCAUGUCAUUGUUGACACUCAUGCAAAAUGUCCACCUCACCUCUGUGGUGUUGCUUCUGUCCUCUUCUGCUGGAGUUCGUGAUCACACUCGUGCUGGCGUUGCCCAUCUUAGGGAUGAAAUCAACAGCAAUAAACGGAGUUGCUGGAGAAUCAGUUGUGCUUCACACAGGACUGGGAGAUAAAAGCCAUUCGAUCCUGAUGCAGUGGAAAAAAGAUAAAAAUAUUAUCAUUCAAAUAAAAAAUAAAAAGACACAAGUAAUAAUGUCACAAUAUAAAGGAAGAAUUUCAGUGGAUGAGAAAACUUGGUCUUUAACCAUUUACCCUGCAAGAGCAACUGAUGGUGGAGAGUAUGUUUUUCAAAAGUUGAAUUCAGCCCCAACAAUGUCAACAAUACUUCAUGUUUACGAGAGGAUAGUGUCAGUGUCAGUGCAGUCCCAGGUGAGCUACAGUCCAGAGAACACCACCUGCAAUGUCACUCUGAGGUGCCUUGUGAACGGCAGCGUGGAGAUGCUCUCCUGGAAAAGAGACAAUCGGGAGAUCCCUGGUGUGGAGGGCAGAGAGACCCUGACGGUCAGCGAUUCCCAGGGGGGAGUCUACUCCUGCACUGCGUCCAACCCCGUCAGUUCACAAACCGAGGAGGUGCUGGUCAACCGAUGCCACAUGUAUGUUCAAGAGACUUACACAGAACUUUACAAAUUCAUUGGAAUUGGAGCUGGACUGGUGCUGAUUGUAAUGGUGAUCAUCACACUCAUUUGUUACUUUAGGGCAAAGAACAAAGUGCUACAAGAUGUAGACACUGUGUAUGCUGAAAUAGAAGAGCUGAACUAUGAAGACCAUCAGAAGAACAUUAUGUGUAGCAAGUCAGCUACCGGCAACACUACCACCUGUUAUGAUACUUUGCAAAGUACAGCUGUUAUCCCUACUGGUCCUUUCACUCUUUAUGACACAGUGAACUUCACUCGUCCCAUUACCACCAAAAAUGUAUGAGAAAAUUCUCUGAGGUUCCAAGAUCCUCUUCGCUACUGAAAGUGUCAACAAUGCAUCUAAGUAACAUACUUUGUCUUUUUCAUAUAUAUACAUAUGAGACACAGGCUGCUUAAUGUGUGAAAUUAUGUGUUAGUUAUUAAGUACACAUUAGGCUUCCGUAUGAAGUGAAAAUGUAUGGGGUUGUUAUAUGUGAUAAGAAAACCAUGGUCAACGAUGUAACCAACAGCACAGUAUUUUGUUUUGUGUUAACUUAAUCACCAUUAAAAUUAGUCAUUUGAGCUUGUAUGAUUUUUUUAUGUUUCAGACACUUAAAUUAUGCUUAAUGUUUAGAAGCAUUAAUACAAACAUUU